AUGACGACGGUCACGCCUCUGUCGCUGCCGUUCGUCCUAAAGCAAAAUGAUCCUGCGUCAAAUUCCAAUCGCAGGCGUUGGAAACCUGAUCGUCCGAGCUAUCGAGCGCUCCUCAACCCAAAUCAUUCAAAAAGCUCUUCCGGAGAACGUCUGUCCUCCUCGGCAUCACGAGCACAGAAUUCGAUCAAAACAGCAACACCUGUAAUCGACUAUGGACAGCUCGAAGCUGACGCGCAGGAGUGGGGACUGCCUUUCUCCCCUUCAGCUUCAAAGCUUGCUGCACCGACUUCAGCUCUGUCGUGGGACGAGAACUCAGCACAGACCAGCUACUCUUACCUUCAAAGCGAAAGACUGACAUAUCCGACAUGGGCGGUAUCCUUGGACCAGUGGGAUCCGUCCAUCUCAUUUGCUCCGUACGCCUUUAACGGCUUGUUCCCGACCGAUCUGCAGCAGAAAACUGCAUCAACAGUUCAUCCUACUACCUACGACCCGAGUCUUGGCCGCAUCGUUUUAGUUGGCCGAGAUGACGGUACCGUUUCUGUAUAUCGCGCAUACGGCCGUGUCGAGGACUACGACUCACUAUCGAGCAAAGACCAGCAACUAUGUACCACAGAAGACUCGCUUCCCGCCUCUGCUUCUGCUUCUGCCAACCUCUCGCAGCAAUUAAGUCGAUCCGCCUCUCGUCGCUCAUCCGAUGUCUCAACCCCUUCUCGCUUACGUAGCCCCGAUGUCGAAGCAUCUUCCAUCAGAUUGACAUCCUCGGUCGCAACCAAACCCAUCUCAUCGUCCAGCCAUGAGCCAAGCUCCUUCCUUAACACAUUUCUGCACGUCGAUCGCUCAUCUCUUGCAACGCGCUCCAUCAUCUCUGCUGCCUCCAUCAGCUCCACCGUCGCAGCGAAUGUGCAGAUCGAUGAAGGCUUGCCCGUCAACAGCCUCCAAUCUAAUGUGACUGCAAUGGGUCAUACUGCAGGGCGGUCUUUUGGAGAACAGGCAGAGAAUCGGUUGGAACUACAAAUUGCAGCAGCUGAACGCAAUGAUCAUCAACAUGGCGUAGUGGGCGGUGUGAUUGAACGACUCGGCUUCUCGUCCCAUUCACAUUCGCAUUCACAUUCACAUUCACAUUCACAUUCACAUUCACAUUCACAUUCACAUUCACAUUCACAUUCACAUUCACAUUCACAUUCACAUUCACAUUCGCAGUCGCAGUCGCAGCCGGCCUCACCGCCUGCGCAGUCUUCAAAGGAGCACUCCCGUCGUCAGUCGUUUCAUCGCAAGCGAAGUAGCGAGUCACGGCAUUCCCCUAUUACAACCUCGAACGGUACCCGUUCUGUCGAAGCCCUUGCUGCCGUGGCAGAGGACUCAAAGACACAGGAAGCAGCCCGUCUCAACACUUUGAUACAGCCUUCAGUCAUGGAUGCGUGGCUUCAUGAUCCAAGCCGAGGUACUUUCAGCCAGCUCAUGUCUCUUUACACCCGCGAUCGAUCACCUGUUGUCGCUCUUCGACUCGUCCCCUUGCAACCAAGAAACGAGGACGGCCAAGAUAUGCCGACAUCUUCGACAACGGCUCGAUUAUCUUACAACAAGACGGCUGUGCUGGUGAUCCAAGAAGCUGGGUACAUCUCUUUGUGGUCCUUGCUUGACGGCGCAAUGAUCUGGCAAUCGGAUUUAACGACUGUCGAUGUUGCUGCUGUCAACUCAGAGACGCUCGAAACGACCUCGAAAGAUGCUACGGCAUCGUUGGGAAUGAUGCAUGCGCUGAGUAGGCAGCUUCCCGCAGCCAUCGGUACACCGCUAACGCGCAGUCCAGCAGGAUCCGCCAGAGCUUCACCAAGACCUCCGAUGACAAGCGUCGACGCGAGCAUGCGGCGGUCGAUGCUUCGAGCCGCACUGAGUGCGCCUGAUGCCUCGACCAAUUCCAGAUUGCGCGAGUCCCAUGCUGCCAAGCUGCACGGAUCGGUUCAGACUUUCGCAAUCAACAGCAAGCCCAUGGCUUUGCUUUGGGAUUCUCAUUCCUCUUCGGUGCUCCUCGUGGACUUGUCAGAUGGAAGACUCUUGCUUCAUGAGCCCAUCUACGAUGUGCUUGCAACUAGCAUACCGAAAGCCGCUUUUCCUAUCGACUCACAGAAUCAUUUCGAGCUGCUCUGGUUCAGCGAGUCCCAGCAUAAGCUCCAGAAGCAGCGCAUACGCAUUUUGACUCCCGGCGCAGAAGACAGGCAACCACAGGCUCAUACGACGAGUCAACAAGAACAGCCACAGGGUUUUGUCUUGGACAAACUUGCCGACGACGACUCUUCAACGGACGAUUCGUGGUGUCUCUCCGGCGAUGAUGCUCAAGCAGACAAGGUGCACGUCUCAGCAGAUCGCGUGAUAGUGCUAUCUCCGACUCGACUCUCUGUCCUAGAUACCGCAAACGGAUCGACUCAAUUGAUGCACGAGGCCACAACUGGCCAAUUUAGGAGCAUCUGCGGGUCCAGUCGUGACGGACAGUAUUUGCUUAUACAGACCACGUCGGGCCUGGUACGUUUGGACCUGGCGACAUCGCUCUCGGGACAUGUAGAGCAGGACCAUCUCGGUCUCGAUACAAACAAGGCAAGACUAAGUGUGCUCACGAGUUGUUGGUCAAGUCGACUCUGUCUCGCCUGGAAUUUGCCGGGAUCUGGAGAACUGCUCGAAAAGAUUUUCCUCCUUCAGGCGUUCGCGUCGGACAAAUCGGUGGCUGCCGAAGACCUGCAGGUAGCGAGUGAGCUUGCUACAGUCAAUCUGACCACAUCACAGAUGGAGAAUCUGCUCGCUUCUCCAGGCUCAGAGUCAUGGCUAAUCAAGGACGGCCACGAUGCGGAAAGUGUUGAACCUGAUUCUAUCACUGCGCUUCUGCCUCUCAGCCUUGAAAGGAUCGCAGUUGCGAGCUCGGGUAGCAUCCGAAUUGUAUCACUGACAUCCAUCGCAGCUGGGGCUUUGGGCGGAUUUGGAGUGGCAAGGCAUAGAGGACAGAGCCAAGCUUCAUGCGUCGGCAACAGCCUUGGUGCAGAUCACGAGAUAUGUCUUCUUCGCUCGGCUGUUGCUCCUCGAUCGGGCCAGCGCCUCAUCAUCGGUGGAACGCUACAAGGCGAAGUUGGAUUCUGGCAAGCAAACACAUCUGCGCCACAGGACGGGAUCCCGAUCUCUGUCCCACAGCUCGAAGCUGUUCUCUCGGUCUCGACGACGCCCAUCGAAGCGCUUGUCAUCUUUGGCGAUGAGGAUAACACCAUCCGCCUCCACGGAUGUGUCGCCUGCAUAUGUGCAGACAGCUCGGUUACGAUCGUACUGCUUGAAGGCUUUCGAUUGCUGUACACUGUUCCGGGCAGAGGCGCGCGUCUCACGUCGUUGGCAGUGCGUGUCGAUGAUCUGCUGUUGACAUAUGAUGACGAUAAGGCGCGCGUAUGGGAUCUGCGUUCGCAAGAACUGCGCCGUAGCAUUGCUACAGAUCAAGCGCAAGCUCUGGUCGAGGAUGGAAAAGGUUGGUGGACAGUCAAGAACAUCGAGCCAUACAGUCCACUGCAUUCGGGCACCACGGGCGUACUAUCGCAGCUUGCCUCGGCGCGUGAUGGUGUCGCGGCGUCUUUGCUAGUGGACUUUCGGCGUGCGAUCGAAGCAGCUGCGCGAGCUAUUCACGGAAGCGGCCAGCCUGUGGCGAAAGAGGACUUUCCGCAGACGGCUCCUCGAAGCGGGUCGACGAACAACCUAUCGCUCCACCCAUCGGCAACUCUGCGGUCGGAGCCGGAGGUGGAGCAGAACCAAGAUGAGACUUCGGUCGGAUUGGGCUCACCAGCUGCACGCAAAGCUGUCAACAUCAUCCGACCGUUGCUGCCGACCGUCUUUCCUACGGGCCUUGAUCCAGACAUGGACGCGAAGCUCGCAGCCUUGCUUGACCUGGAAGACUUUGGCCCUUCUGCAUUCAGUGUUGGCCUGCACUCUACACCUGAUGCUCUCAUGGUUGGCGAAUCGGUUGGCAAAAACGCAGCAAAAUUAGGGGUCUCUGUAAAACAGGCGUGGAAGCUGAGCAGUCGGCUCACAACAUUACGACUAGUGGUGGCAUGUGCGCUCCUGCGCGUGCUCAGCCACGUCAACGAGCUUCAGAGCUUGGCGGUGGAUCUUCAAGGCUUUGUCGAGAAUGAAGCUCGUCUCUCAACUCUGGUUGGAGUCGGCUACCGCGGUGUGAGGCUCGAAGAGCUGGUGCCGUAUUGGUUGGACAGCAAUAUGGAGCUGCAGAAUGCUAGUCGAAGCAUGUUCCAAGGCGCACUUGCUCGUCUUGAGCAAAGCGAGCUCGACGAGCUGUGUAGUCGAUGGCAAGGCUUGAUGAUGUCGGCAAAGACAUCCACACAAAACUCAAAGGCUCUCGUAGACGGGAAAGCUGCAUCCAAUACCAUGCAAGAUGCCGAGCUUCGGACGCGCGCUCUGGCUCUGAUGGGCAGCAUCGCAGUGGAGCGGUAUACGAGCCUUUCGCCACGCACGCUCAAGGAUAUUGCGGGCACCAUCCACACAGCUAUUGUCUCGGAUCGCGGUAACGAAAUGCGGACUCCACACGAGCUGCAAACACUUGCCGUAGCGAUCGAACUGUGUCGAAAUGGAUUCUCCAUGUGGCAGCAUUACUUUGAUGCAACGGAGGUGGUUCGAUCGUUGUUUGCGCUCAGUACGCUCACCUCCUCUUCGUCGAGCUCGAGCACGAGCGCAGACGGAGAUCUUCGGACGCUAGCAAGAGAAGCGACGCUCCAGAUAGCGGCCGAAAAUACGCCGCUGUUCAUGACGACGCUCUCGCUCGACAUUCUGCACGCACGCUCUGCGGCGCACUGCUCAGCAACGAUGCGGUUGGUGGCCUUGAUGGUGCGAAAGCGACCUGGUGUUCUGGUGGCGAAUCUUCCUCGCUUGGCAGAGGCAGUGGUGAAAUCGCUGGAUCCAACGCACACGACGAUGCGAGAAGCCGUAGUCCACGCUGCUACGGUCAUAAUCACUGAACUUGUUUCUACCUAUCCAAGCGUCAGCUUUUUCGGAGGAGGACAGAGGCUGGCGGUAGGUACGCACGAAGGGGCGGUGAUCGUGUACGAUCUGAAAACAGCUACACGGCUAUACGUGCUAGAAGGCCAUCGACGCCGUGCUGACGCGGUGAGUUUCAGUGUGGACGGAAAGAGACUAGUCACAAUGAGUCUGGAUGAAGGCCGAGUGCUGGUGUGGAAAACGGCAUCUGGGUUUAGUAGCUUCUUUUCGCCAGGCCAGAUGCCAAGACAAGGUGCGACCGAUACAAAGCUGACUGAUGGGGCAUACAAGGCGUUCUUGUUCAACGUAGGUGAUCAGCAGAGUAGGUCCGAGAUGGAGCGUCGCCGCAAUCAGCACCAGGAGCAAGAGUUUGUCGGGUUCGACAAGAUCGGGUUCCACUGGAACUCGGAGCGCAGCGUCAGGGUUCAGAUCGGUGAAGCGCAGCUCAACAUAAGUGUCGACUAG